AUGUCUCACAGAAAGUACGAAGCUCCACGUCACGGUCAUUUAGGUUUCUUGCCAAGAAAGAGAGCUGCCUCUGUCAGAGGUAGAGUUAAGUCCUUCCCAAAGGACGACAAGUCUAAGCCAGUUGCUUUGACUUCUUUCUUGGGUUACAAGGCUGGUAUGACCACCAUUGUCAGAGACUUGGACAGACCAGGUUCCAAGUUCCACAAGCGUGAAGUUGUUGAAGCUGUCACCGUUGUCGACACCCCACCAGUUGUUGUUGUUGGUGUUGUUGGUUACGUUGAAACCCCAAGAGGUUUGAGAUCCUUGACCACUGUCUGGGCUGAACAUUUGUCCGACGAAGUCAAGAGAAGAUUCUACAAGAACUGGUACAAGUCCAAGAAGAAGGCUUUCACCAAGUACGCUGCUAAGUACGCUGGUGACGGUGCUCAAGUCGACAGAGAAUUGGCCAGAAUCAAGAAGUACGCUUCUGUUGUCAGAGUCUUGGUCCACACUCAAAUCAGAAAGACCCCAUUGGCUCAAAAGAAGGCUCACUUGGCUGAAAUCCAAUUGAACGGUGGUUCUAUCUCCGAAAAGGUUGACUGGGCUAAGGAACACUUCGAAAAGACCGUUUCCGUUGACUCCGUCUUCGAACAAAACGAAAUGAUCGAUGUCGUUGCCGUCACCAAGGGUUACGGUUUCGAGGGUGUUACCCACAGAUGGGGUACCAAGAAGUUGCCAAGAAAGACCCACAGAGGUUUGAGAAAGGUUGCUUGUAUCGGUGCUUGGCAUCCAGCCCACGUUAUGUGGUCCGUUGCUAGAGCUGGUCAAAGAGGUUACCACCACAGAACCUCUAUCAACCACAAGAUCUACAGAGUCGGUAAGGGUGACGAUGAAGCUAACGCUGCCACCGAAUUUGACAGAACCAAGAAGACCAUCACCCCAAUGGGUGGUUUCGUCCACUACGGUUCCAUCAAGAACGACUUUGUUGUCUUGAAGGGUUCCAUCCCAGGUACCAGAAAGAGAGUUGUCACUUUGAGAAAGUCCUUGUACACCAACACCUCCAGAAAGGCUUUGGAACAAGUUACCUUGAAGUGGAUCGACACUGCUUCCAAGUUCGGUAAGGGUAGAUUCCAAACCCCAGCUGAAAAGCACGCUUUCAUGGGUACUUUGAAGAAGGACUUGUAA